AUGGUGGCAAAACUAUCUAAUUCCAGGUCCAUGUUUCUAAUGCUAGUAAUUUUUUCAAUGAUUUCCCCUCAAUUCCAUCUUGUGUCAUCAGAUAAUCAUCAUUCGAGUUCUUCCAUUCUUGAAAAAUUCAUCCACUGCCUUUCACAUGAACUCCAACCAAACAACUCUGUUCUGGAAUCCCUGUUACAUUUUCCAAGCAAUAAUAGCUCAUCAUAUGAAUCAAUUUGGGAAUCCAGGAUUGAAAAUAUCAGGUUCUUGAAAACUUCUAGUUUUGACCGGAAGAAGCCUCUAGCCAUAAUCACACCAGAAAGCUAUUCUCAAAUCCAAAACAUUGUUAGAUGUUGCAGACAGAGUGGUUUAAGAAUCAGAAGCCGCAGCGGCGGCCAUGAUUACGAAGGAUCAUCGUAUGUUUCGUCAUUCUCCAACAAUUCUCCUCCUUUUGUGAUGGUUGAUUUGAGGAAAAAUCUCAGGAGUUUGGAACAAGGAGCCAUUGAUCUAAUCCACAAAUGGCAAGAAGUUGCACACAAAGCCCACGAAGAUUUGCUCCUCAGUGUAGUAUUAUCAUCAUCAGGAGGGUCAACUGUUGCUCAAACAACAGCAACAUUUAGGUCACUAUUCCUUGGAAGAGCUGAUGAUCUUGUAAAGAUGAUGGAAGAAAUCUUCCCCGAAAUCGGGUUGAGGAAACAAGAUUGCGAGGAGAUGAGUUGGAUUGAGUCAAUUCUGCGCUUUUCGUCGUUUCCAAAAGGGGUAACCAUAGAUGCUCUGAAGGAUGGAGUUCCCCCUUUGCCCCCACUAUACUUCAAGGGAAAGGUAGAUUUGGUAUACAAACCUAUACCUUGUGAAGCCUUGGAAGAAUUGUGGAAAAGAUGUUCAUCAUCAGGUACUACUACUACUGUUACUCCCCCUAUCAUGCACUUUGAGUUACAUCCAUAUGGAGGAAAGAUGGAUGAGAUAUCGAAAUCGGAAACUCCAUUUCCACACAGGAAAGGUGUUCUGUAUGAGAUAUUGUACAUUGUCGCGUGGUUGGAUCAAGGUGAAAAUAACGCAAACGGCGAAUCAUACAUGAAUUGGUUGAGGAGGUUGUAUGAGUUCAUGGCUCCGUUUGUGUCAACAGAGCCAAGAGGUGCAAUUGUAAAUGUCAGGGAUUUCGAUUUGGGCAUUAAUGUUGAGGAUUAUGAUGAUAAUGAUCAUCAUAUUUCUACAUAUUCCAAAGCUUAUAAGACAUGGGGAUCAAGGUAUUUUGGGAAGAAUUUCAGGAGACUGGCAAUAGUUAAAGGUGAAGUUGACCCUGAGAAUUUCUUCUUUUUUGAGCAAAGUAUACCCCCUCUCUGA